AUGAAAAGUGCUGCUAUCUGUUAUCAGGUUUACACUGAGUGCUCAGAUCAGGAGGUUUCAGCAGAGGGCAUUUGGUGCCGGAAGCAUCAUUUGAAGAAGAUCAAGCAUUCUGAAGUGAUGGAGCCUGGCAUGAGAAUUCAUCUUCCUGUGUCUGUGGCUGAGGCCGAGAUAAAGAAGCGGUAUGAGACCAUUCCAACUGCCACACUGCAUCCCAAUAGGGAUGAGAUUGAGUACCUGAAAAGGCUUGUCAUCUACAAGGACUCAGCCAUACUUGUGCUUAACAAGCCUCCAAAAGUGCCCAUGAAGGGGAAUUUACCAGUACAUAACAGUAUGGAUGUGCUUGCAGCAGCAGCACUGUCAUAUGGGAAUGAAGAGGGUCCGAAAUUGGUCCACCGACUGGACAGAGAUACUAGUGGUUUGCUGUUGAUGGGGAGAACAAGAGAAAGCUUUACCCGGCUGCACUGGCUCUUCACUAGCAUCAAAUUGGCAAGAACAGCUUCGCAGACAUGGAAUACCGCCUGUGAAUCAUACGUGCAGAGGUACUGGGCGUUGGUAAUUGGGACCCCUACAGAGAGUGAAGGAGUUAUAUCUGCUCCUCUCACAAAGGUACUUCUUGAUGAUGGAAAAGCUGAGAGGGUCAUUCUGGCGCAUCCCUCUGGCAUAGAUGGUGCACAGGAGGCUGUUACUGAGUAUCGAGUGAUGGGACCAACCAUCAAUGGCUGUUCCUGGAUUGAGUUGCGCCCAUUGACAGGCCGGAAGCAUCAGCUCAGAGUGCACUGUGCGGAAGCCUUAGGCACUCCCAUUGUUGGAGAUUACAAAUAUGGGUGGUUCGUGCACCAAAGGUGGAAGCAGAAUCCCCAACCGGAUUUUGAGCCGUUUACUGGGGAACCAUACAAGCUGAGGCGGCCUGAAGGCUUGGAGGUUCAGAAGGGCAGUGUUCUCUCUAAAGUCCCUUUGCUGCACCUGCAUUGCCGGGAGAUGGUGGUCCCGAACAUCUCAAAGUUCCUGAGUAACACCGGAGAGUGGCAUGAUAAUGGCACCCCAUGGUCCAAGGAGAAGCCGAAUCUCCUAAGGUUCAUCGCGCCGUUGCCCGCGCACAUGAAAAUUAGCUGGAAUAUAAUGUCUUCCUACCUGGUGUGA